ACAAAAAGCACUGGCAUCGACAGGUGGAAGAAGUGUUCAAGCAGCAUGCGACUGGUUGGCUGUUCUCCCAUGUGGGUGACCCGUUCCUCGAUGACACCCUGCCCCGAGAGUAUGUCCUCUACCUGCGCCCCACCGGCCCCCUGGCUCAGAAGCUGUCUGAGUUCUGGCAGCAGUCAAAGCAGAUCUGUGGGAAGAACAAAGCUCACAACAUUUUCCCACAUAUCACCCUUUGCCAGUUCUUUAUGUGUGAGGACAGCAAGGUUGAUGCACUCACUGAAGCUCUGCAGGCCACCGUGAUGCGGUGGAAAUGCAAAUUCCCUGCCCCUCUGCCUUUGGAGCUCUACACGUCCUCAAACUUCAUCGGGCUUUUUGUCAAGGAAGAAAGUGCUGAGGUGCUCAAGAAGUUUGCUGCAGACUUUGCUGCAGAGGCUGCUGCUAAAGCAGAUGUUCACGUGGAGCCCCACAAGAAGCAGCUUCACGUGACACUGGCCUAUCACUUCCAGACCAGCCACCUGCCCACGCUGGAGAAGUUAGCGCAGAACAUAGAUGUCAAGCUGGGCUGUGACUGGGUCGCCGCGAUAUUCUCCCGAGACAUACGCUUCGUUAAUCAUGAGACUCUGCAAGUGAUCUAUCCUUACACCCCCCAGAACGAUGACGAACUGGAGCUGGUCCCAGGGGAUUUUAUUUUCAUGUCCCCAGUGGAACAAACCAGUACAAGUGAGGGCUGGAUUUAUGGCAUUUCCCUUGCAACUGGCUGUUCUGGGCUACUGCCUGAAAAUUACAUCACGAAGGCGGAUGAAUGUGGGACCUGGGUGUUUCAUGGAUCCUACUCCAUUCUGAAUACUGCAUCUUCCCCGUCCCUUCAAGCCUUCACUGAUGGAGCUCUGGAAAGAAGACAGCAGGAAGAUCAAGGACCUGGGGAUGCAGGGCCACUCACUAUCAUCUGCCAGAAUGUGCAGCCCCUGAGAAUUACCAGCCAGCCAGGGCCCCAGAAACGCUGCCUGUUUGUCUGCAGACACGGGGAAAGGAUGGAUGUCGUUUUUGGGAAGUACUGGUUGUCACAGUGUUUUGAUGCCAAAGGAAGGUACAUGCGUAGUAACCUGAAUAUGCCUCACAGCUUACCUCACAGAAGCGGCGGUUUCAGGGAUUAUGAAAAAGACGCGCCAAUCACCGUCCUGGGCUGUACGCAGGCAAGGCUUGUUGGUGAAGCCUUGCUAGAAACAAAUACCAUUGUGGACUACAUCUACAGCUCCCCAUCCCUACGGUGUGUACAGACAGCACACAAUAUCCUGAAAGGUAUGCAACAAGAGAACAACCUGAAAAUUCGAAUAGAGCCAGGCUUGUUUGAAUGGACCAAGUGGGUCUCUGGGAACACUCUACCUGCCUGGAUACCCCCCAUGGAUUUAGCUGCAGCUACUCUAAGCGUUGAUACAACCUACAGACCUCAUAUUCCUGUCAGCAAGUUAGUGGUUUCUGAAUCUUAUGAUACAUACAUAAGUAGAAGCUACCAAGUAACAAAAGAAAUCAUCAGUGAAUGUAAAGGCAAAGGAAAUAACAUCCUGAUAGUGGCACACGCAUCCUCCCUGGAGGCUUGUACCUGCCAGCUCCAAGGCCUCUCUCCGCAGAACUCCAAGGACUUUGUACAGAUGGUCCGAAAGAUUCCAUACUUGGGGUUUUGUUCAUGCGAAGAACUCGGAGAUACAGGUGUUUGGCAGCUUACAGAUCCCCCCAUCCUCCCUCUCACGCAUGGACCAACUGGAGGCUUUAACUGGAGAGAAACCUUACUACAAGAAUAG